UUUCCAAAUUGAAAACGCAAUCCAUUUUGCUUCUUUAAAAGCUCACUCCGAGAUCGGAGUGAACACAACACUGAACACAGAGUAUCAGCUCAAAGCAGAACAAACAACAUAAUCCAGAAUGAGCACCGGCGCCGGACAAGUAGUGUGUGUUACCGGAGCUUCCGGUUACAUUGCUUCCUGGGUCGUUAAGUUUCUUCUCGAACGCGGCUACACCGUGAAGGCCACCGUUCGCGACACAAGUGAUCCCAAAAAGGUAGAUCACUUGCUUAGCCUCGAUGGUGCUAAGGAAAGGCUGCAUCUCGUCAAGGCGAAUCUUCUAGAAGAAGGUUCCUUUGACUCUGCCGUUGAAGGUUGUCACGCUGUGUUCCACACUGCUUCUCCCUUUUUCGACGAUGCCAAGGACCCGCAGACUGAGUUGUUGGAUCCAGCUUUGAAGGGGACUCUGAAUGUUCUGAAAUCGUGCGUGAACUCGCCCACGCUGAAGCGCGUGGUUGUCACUUCUUCUAUUGCUGCAGUUUCGUUCAACGACAGGCCCAAAAACCCUGAUGUAGUGGUUGACGAGACUUGGUAUUCCGACCCAGAAUACUGUAAGAGAAAUGGGAUAUGGUAUAACCUCUCAAAGACUUUGGCCGAAGAUGCUGCCUGGAAAUUUGCGAAAGAAAACAAUAUUGACUUGGUUACAGCCAACCCUGCAUUGGUUGUUGGACCUCUCUUGCAACCAGUUCUUAACACUAGUUCUGCAGCAGUUUUAAAUUUAAUUAAUGGUUCGCCAACAUUUAAAAAUGUGACUUUGGGAUGGGUGGACGUGAGAGAUGUUGCAAUUGCCCAUGUUCUGGCAUAUGAGAAUGCUUCAGCUAAUGGAAGAUAUUUACUAGUUGAGAGAGUGGCACACUUCGGAGACGUUGUGAAGAUUUUGCAUGAUUUGUACCCAACAUUGCAACUUCCACAGAAGUGUGUAGAUGAUAGGCCAUAUGAUCCAAUAUUCCAGGUUUCCAAGGAAAAAGCAAAGAGCUUGGGGCUUGAAUUUACUCCUUUGGAAGUGAGCAUCAAGGAUACUGUUGAAAGCUUGAAGGAAAAGGGUUUUAUCAAAUUUUAAGUUGUUACCCUUUCUUGAAAGAAACCUUCUUUAGUUCUACACUUGGUUUCUUAUGUUCAUGCUUAUGUACAAUAAGACUUAUAUCAGAACUGCUAAGUACUGAAAUAAGUUACUCUUAUUGUGUGGUUUGUAAGAGUUUGCAUUAAAGACUGUAUCCUUGUUAUAUUAUUAUGGAUUGUUAUAUUAUUAUGGAUUAAGUAUGUUUUUAUUUUCUAAAA